AUGACUGAACCUCAGUUUGAGCGUGUUGAAGACCAUCAAUUUAAGGAAGGCGAAGAAAUCUAUAUGAUAGAUCCAAAUGGUUUCGAUAUUUACAAAGCUCAAAUUGUAAAGAUCGAAGGAACUCAAUACAAGAUUCAUUAUCCUGAAUAUCCUGAAGAUGAUGAAACAGUAGAGAAUACAGAUCGUAUUUUAGCUCUUUCCAGAAUCAAUACAAGGAUUUUUAAUAAUCAAGAAGCUGCUCGUGCUUCAAAGUUAGGACAGAAUUCUGAAGAAGAAAACUACUAUGAUGAGGAUGACGCCGAUAAUGAUGAUGAAGAUCAGGAACCAGAUUUCAAGCCAAACGGCCAGAUGCCAAUAGAGAGAGCUCAGAAGAAGAAGCGUGGACGUAAGAGCCAUAAGGGUAGAGUAGGAGCUCGCCCAGAGAACGCUCGUUCUAAUCCACCAAGAGUCUCACGUAAGAGCUAUCAGGAGGAAGAAUAUGAUGAUGAUGAAAACGAUGAGGAUUGGAAGUAA